AUUCCCGACGGGGAGCGCAGUGAAGGGGGGUGGGACCCGAACAUGGCGGCGGUGGUAGCUGCUACGGCGCUGAAGGGCCGGGGGGCAAGAAAUGCCCGCGUCCUCCGGGGGAUCCUCUCUGGAGCCACAGCUAACAAGGCUUCCCAGAACAGGACCAGAGCACUGCAGAGCAACAGCUCACCAGAAUGCAAGGAGGAGCCUGAGCCCCUCUCCCCCGAGCUAGAAUACAUUCCCAGAAAGAGGGGCAAGAACCCCAUGAAGGCUGUGGGACUAGCCUGGGCCAUCGGCUUCCCCUGUGGUAUCCUCUUCUUCGUCCUCACCAAGCAGGAAGUGGACAAGGACCGCUUGAAGCAGAUGAAGGCUCGUCAGAACAUGCGGGCGGCCAACACGGGCGAGGAUGAGAGCCAGAGGGUCAGGGCUUCGCCCCAACAAGCCCAGUUCCCUGAAGUUGGGUCUGGGGUACAGACCUGAGUGAGAAUCACUGCUACCUUGUGCUAGACUAUUGCUAUUGACUGACUUCCUGUGUGGCCAAUUGUGUCCAUUGCACCUGAGGCCCACCAGAGGGCGCAUGAUGUCCAAGCUGCUGCCAGCACCCAACUCUUCCACUUGGUGGAAGGAGCCAGAAUGCAAAUAAAGUUAAUAAGUACUGGCAUGGAAA